AUGAAAAUGGACUUCUGGACCUGCUUUUGUAUAUUUAUAAUAAAUAUUUUUGUUACUUUUGGGGUUGAAUCAACCGAAUGGAACACUCAUGAUUUUAUGAAACGAGAGCAUUCUUUGGUUAAACCUUAUCAAGGAAUGGGUAUGACGAUACCUUACUGGGAUUUUCUAGGCAGUACUAUGGUAACUAAAAAUUAUAUUAGGUUAACACCGGAUUUGCAGAGUCAACAGGGAGCUAUUUGGAAUUCAGUGCCAUGCAACGUCAGAAAUUGGAACCUAGAAGUUCACUUCAAAGUCCACGGCAAAGGCCGUGAUCUAUUCGGCGAUGGUUUUGCGAUCUGGUACGCCAAAGAUCGAAUGGUGACUGGUCCAGUGUUUGGGAACAAAGAUUUCUUCCACGGACUUGCUGUUAUUUUGGACACCUACAGCAAUCACAAUGGACCCCACAAUCAUCAACACCCUUACAUAUCUGCGAUGAUUAACAAUGGGUCUCUGCACUACGACCAUGACCGUGAUGGUACUCAUACUCAAUUGGCUGGUUGUGAAGCUAAGUUCCUAUCGACAGACAUAUCCAACAAAGCAGCCUGGCAAGAAUGCUUCAAAGUAAACGGCAUUAAAUUGCCUACGGGUUAUUACUUUGGAAUAUCUGCUACUACUGGAGACCUAUCAGACCACCACGACAUUCUGUCUGUUAAAUUGUAUGAGCUCGACUUACCUGACUCUGUAAAAGACACUGAAGACAGAUCUAGUAUCAUUCCCUCAGCAACAUUCUUCGAAUCUCCAAGAGAUCACGUGGAAGAUCCAAAACCUUCUUCUCUUUCUGGUAUCAAGAUCUUCCUACUAAUGUUAGUAGCUGCUUUAGCAAUUAUUGCUUGUGUGGUUAUUGGAAUAAUGUUUUAUCAAAAGCACCAAGAAAAUAGUCGCAAAAGAUUCUAUUAA